UCAAUGUCGGAACGUUCCGAAGAUGACGUCGGAGCGUUCUCGAAUCCCGUGUCUCUCGGCUGCUGCUGCCGAAGGAACAGGGAAAAAGCAACAAGAAGGAAGAGCAAUGGCGACACUGGAUCGCAAAGUGCCCAGUCCGGAGGCGUUUCUGGGCAAACCCUGGUCCUCCUGGAUCGACGCCGCCAAAUUACACUGCUCCGACAAUGUAGAUUUAGAAGAGGCUGGAAAAGAGGGUGGAAAAAGCAGGGAGGUUAUGAGGCUUAAUAAAGAAGAUAUGCACUUAUUUGGCCAUUACCCAGCACAUGACGACUUCUAUCUCGUAGUGUGCAGUGCUUGUAACCAGGUCGUCAAGCCACAGGUUUUCCAGUCGCACUGCGAGAGAAGACACGGUUCAAUGUGUAGACCUUCUCCCUCUCCAGUGUCUCCAGCCUCCAAUCCCAGGACAUCACUAGUACAGGUGAAAACAAAAGCCUGUCUCAGCGGCCAUCACUCUGCCAGCAGCACCUCAAAGCCAUUCAAAACGCCCAAAGACAAUCUACUUACCUCCAGCAGCAAACAGCACACAGUCUUUCCUGCGAAAGGAUCAAGGGAUAAACCAUGUGUUCCGGUUCCUGUAGUCAGUUUAGAGAAAAUUCCUAACCUAGUGAAGGCAGAUGGUGCCAAUGUCAAAAUGAACUCCACAACCACUACUGCAGUUUCCGCCUCCUCCACCUCGUCCUCUGCCGUCUCCACCCCUCCUUUAAUUAAGCCUGUCCUGAUGUCCAAGUCAGUGCCGCCUUCACCAGAGAAGAUCUUAAAUGGCAAAGGAAUUCUGCCAACCACCAUAGACAAGAAACACCAAAAUGGCACCAAAAACAGCAACAAGCCUUACAGGAGACUUUCAGAGAGAGAAUUUGACCCAAAUAAACACUGUGGAGUAUUGGAUCCCGAGACAAAGAAACCUUGCACAAGAUCCCUCACCUGCAAGACACAUUCGCUAAGCCAUCGGAGGGCAGUCCCAGGCCGGAAAAAGCAAUUUGACCUCCUCCUGGCAGAACACAAAGCCAAGUCCCGGGAAAAAGAAGUUAAAGAUAAAGAGCAUCUCCUGACUUCCACGAGGGAAAUACUUCCAAGCCAAUCCGGGCCGGCACAGGAUUCUCUGCCAGGGUCUUCAGGGAGCUCUGGGCCAGAACCGAAAGUUGCAUCCCCUGCAAAAUCCAGACCACCUAACUCUGUACUUCCUAGACCAUCAUCUGCAAAUAGCAUAAGCAGCAGCACAUCUUCAAAUCAUAGCGGCCACACUCCAGAGCCCCCACUCCCACCGGUUGGAGGUGACCUCGCCAGCCGACUGUCCAGUGAUGAAGGGGAGAUGGACGGAGCCGACGAAUCCGAGAAGCUAGACUGUCAGUUCUCCACGCACCACCCCAGACCUCUUGCGUUUUGCUCAUUUGGGAGUCGCCUCAUGGGACGAGGGUACUAUGUGUUUGAUAGAAGAUGGGAUCGUUUUCGAUUCGCACUAAACUCCAUGGUAGAAAAACACCUGAAUUCACAGAUGUGGAAGCACAGAAACCCGAGCCACAGGGCAUCAGGUCCCUCCCCCCUGUUCAGGACUUGCCUAACCAAUCUGCUGUCACUGAGCAACAUUGGGGCUGCCUGGGUGUCAACUCUGGAGAGCGUAGCACCCCGCUACCCUCUCAACCUCGCUGCCCAAACCCCAGGCCCCGGCGGGCCCGAACCUGGAGGGAUGGCAGCCGAUGGGGGCGUGGAAGACAUUAGGAAGAAAAGGAACGGCCAAGACUCUUUUUUCUUUAACAAGCAUUUAACUCUGCAUCAGGAGCCGCCAACACAGUAUUCUCUUUCAGCCAGGAAGAUCCCUCCUGCGGCAGAUAGCCCCCUGCCCUCGCCGGCAGCCCACAUCACCACCCCCGUUCCAGCAUCCGUUUUGCAGCCUUUCAGCAACCCCAGUGCUGUGUAUCUUCCUUCAGCUCCCAUCAGCUCGAGGCUCACCUCUUCUUACAUAAUGACAUCAGCCAUGCUCUCAAACGCAGCUUUUGUGACAUCGCCGGACCCAAGCGCCCUCAUGUCCCACACCACAGCUUUCCCUCAUGUGGCCGCAACCCUCAGCAUCAUGGACUCAACCUUCAAGGCCCCAUCCGCCGUGUCCCCGAUACCAGCCGUCAUCCCUUCCCCAUCCCACAAGCCAUCCAAAACCAAAACCAGCAAAUCCUCAAAAGUCAAAGACCUGUCUGCCCGUAGCGACGAGUCUCCAAGUAACAAAAAAAGGAAGCCACAGUCUUCGCCUUCCUCCUCCUCCUCAUCCUCCUCCUCUUCCUUGCAGACAUCCCUCUCGUCUCCAGUGUCAGGGCCUCACAAAAAGAACUGUGUUUUGAAUGCCAGUUCUGCUUUGAACUCCUAUCAGGCGGCCCCUCCCUAUAACAGUCUGUCUGUGCACAACUCAAACAAUGGGGUGAGCCCACUCAGUGCCAAACUGGAGCCCUCAGGACGGACCUCGCUGCCCGGCGGCCCCGCGGACAUAGUGAGACAGGUGGGCGCGGUGGGAGGCAGCAGUGACUCCUGUCCCCUCUCUGUGCCCUCCCUUGCGCUCCACGCAGGGGACCUCUCUCUGGCCUCACACAAUGCUGUGUCUUCUCUGCCCCUCUCUUUUGACAAAUCAGAAGGAAAAAAGCGUAAGAACUCAAGUUCUAGUAGCAAAGCCUGUAAAAUCACUAAAAUGCCUGGUAUGAAUAGCGUUCACAAAAAGAACCCGCCCAGCCUUCUCGCACCGGUGCCCGAUCCCGUUAACAGCACCUCCUCUCGGCAGGUUGGGAAAAAUAGCAGCCUAGCUUUGUCACAGUCCAGUCCUUCAAGUAUAUCCAGCCCAGGACACAGCCGACAGAAGAACACAAACAGAACGGGCAGGAUAAGGACUCUUCCAUAACAAGACUAUGAAGCCACUUCCACAUCAAUUCCAGGCCACCUAAUCCCAUCCCAGGAGGCCAUGGGGAGGAGGAGGGAGGGGAGUGGGCUGGGGGGAGAGUCUGUUUUCUGUGCACUCCCUGUGACUCUGGCCUUUCUUCUUCUUUUUUUAAUUGACCAAUUUUUAGUUAAAAAGGCAAAGAAGGUGAAUUUGAGAUUUACAGAAAACAGUUCCAGUGUUUGGUUUCCGCUGUCUUUCCUUUCAUUUGCCAUGUUUUUACAUUCUUCCAAAUUUGGGGUCACUCCCCUAGCUCCUGAUGCUGCUACUGUACCAUCCUUUUGCUCCAGCCAUGAGAGCAGACAUUGCAGAAUGUUGGUUCCAGGUUGGCAUGCUCUGAAGCUCUUGAACUUCAGCACAGGCAGAGCCCUUUUUCUUCCUGUCCUCUCCACCCGAUCCCUUCCAUCCCUACGUCUACCACUCUCUGGGUCCUCACUGGCCUUCAAAGGACCUGGCUGUCAUAGGAUCCCCUCAGGACUGCGUGCAGGGAGAGGGGGCUUUGCUGGGGAGGAGCUGGGAGUGGAGAAUUGGAGGGUGGGUGGGGUUCCCUCAUCCGGUUUCCACAGCCCACCAUGGCUGGAGCCAAAUGCUAGAAGCAAGAUUGAGAACAGUGGCCAUUUAGUGAUGUGGUUUACCUAAUACCACUGUCCAGCUGUGCAGCUCAGAAAGGAUAAACCAGUCAGGGACAGGGGCCAGAACAGGUUUGGGAAGGUGGCAGCAAGCAGAGCAUGGUGGGUAGGAGAUGAUCCCUAAAAAAACUGGAGACUGUGGUGGUCUGAGCUGGUCAGGAAUCUGCAGAAUCCCUUCCAGGGAUCAGUGUGCCAGUGCCCACAGCAGGGUGAGCUAGGAGGCAAAAAUCCCAGGAAAAAGGUUGUGAGAACCCAGAAAGCCACUCUGUGAGGAGGCACGGUGACCACAGCUGCUAAAGGUUCUUAGGCUGCCUUCCUGGGUUAGGAAGAGCCCUCCAGGGAGAGCUUCCGCAAAAGAGUAUGUGUCAAACCUUUUGUCAGAAUAAAUAAUAGCAUUUCCCACCCACCCCCAUGCCCUGGGCCACAGGGACCUGGUGGGAUCAGAACACCCAUGGAUCAGCUUUUGCUGUGUUAGAGACAGCCAUCCCCAUGAAGGAAUGGUAAGGACAGCCACUGCUCAGUGAAGAACAGCCAUUUGGAAGAGCCACGCUGGAGCCCUGCAGCCGUAGAACUAUUCACACUGGAGUUUUAAAAGAAACAGCAAUACCAUAAGCUCUAGUAGGGAAUCAUAAUCAGGAAAGGAAUUCACAACAUAAAAUAGGUGUUCUAUGCUAUUAAUCAUGUAACUUCGCCUAUGAUGUAUAGCAGAGAUACUGGGAGGUUUUGCUUCAUCCUUAAAUCAGAAAUGAAUGCUAGUUUCACAGCUGGGCAGAAGCCUCAUCCCCACCCCGAAGUUUUCCUUUUCUUUCCCAUUCCCCCAACCCAAAGAUCAGACUACUGUUAAGUUUCACCACACAAUUGGAAUUGCAAAGACGGGAGGCAAAUGGAGUGAUUUUCAUCAAUGGAAUUGCACUGACAGUGAGUGUUUCUUAUAGGAUUACUAAAUUUUUUAAUAUAAAACGAUUUUUUUAAAAAUCAGGAGUUGAUAUUAAGUACCAGGACAUUAGUUCGGAUGAUUUCAUUUUUAUUUCUGCAGUGUUAAAAGUGCACUUAUAUGCUGGUUUAUUUACAUCUUGGGAAAAGAGACUGCAAAUUGAAGGGAUGAUUGUUACUUUUUCUUUUUUUUAAAAAAAAAGGUUAAGGAGAUUUUAAGACUUAUAAAUGUUUAAGAAAUUAUAAACAAGGUUAGACCCUUUGAAAAAAAGUUUAGAAGAUAUUCUUAAAGUAAAUUUUUAUAGUGUUAAUUUUGUAAUAAUUUAUGUUUUACUAUAUUACAGAGCUAACUGACCAGAAUAGUUUCAGAAACAAUAUGAAACUUAGGAAAGUUUAAGCAAUGUUUAUAUUUUUAAAAUGUUCUUUGAAUUAUGUUUUUAUUGUACAUUUCUUCAGACUGAAAAGUAUGUACAUAUCUUUGUUAUUUUUGCACAAUUUUGUCUUGUUCGGUUUCAGAGGUCUGUUGUUUUUUAUAAUUUAUUUUGAGUUGUAAAACUUGCAGGAGUAAAAACAAAAAACAAAAUCUCCGCAACAAAAUAACCCUCUGAUUUAUAAACUCUUAUAGUCAAAGAGGGAAAACAAAGGUUGAGAGAUUAAGUGGCUGCUUCUGAGAAAUAAUGUCUCAAGGACUAAAGGAGCAAUUCAAUAGGUUUAGACGUUGUAGCUCUCUACAUCUUGAAUUGGAAGCUGGAAUAAAGAGCCCCCCACCCCCACCCCCCCACCCCCAUCGAAUGCUGCUUACUUUGUCAAAAGACUGGCUAUGACCAAGGUGAGGAUAUUUCUGGAAAACUGGGCAAAAAGGGAAAGCCCACGGUAUUCUUCCUUUGCAAUCAACCACAGGUUUACUUUACAAUGAUGUAUUAAAAACUUGCAGCUUGAAAAAUAGAAUGCAAAUAAAAGGUUCUCUUUGGGUUUGUCUUAAUGGAGUUAAACUGGAGCAGCCUAUAAAACAUUUUUAGGGUGAGGUCCUCUGGGUCCUUCUGUUCUGCACACCCACUCAGUCUUCUCUCCCAGCCCCUUGACUGCACACACCCCUCUUUGCCUGAAGAUCUCCUGACUUGUCGCCAGCCAUAGAGGCUCGAAAGCUCUGGUUGUUAAGCAUAACGCAAUGCAUAGACCUGUCAGCCAUAAAAAAAAAAAAAAAAAAAAAAAAAAAAAAAAAGCGACUUGGAUAACUUGUAUGCCUUCUUUUGUAUCAAUGUACCAAUUGUAAAUAAUGCUGAUCAACCUUUGUAGAGAAUAGUUUAUACAGCAUAUUCUAUUAUUGCUGAUUCUCAGUGAACUCUUGUUUUAAAAAAGGAAAAAAAGAAAUUUUCUAUUUACACCUUAUAUUUUGUUAUGCUGUCGGCCCAUGGCACUUUAACAAAACUCUGUGGGUUUUACGUAGCUGGUCAGUCAUGGGGUAUAUUAAAUAACUGUUGUUGCACAGACAA